AUGUCCACCACGAAAACCGCCAUGCCAACCACUCCAGAAGCCACCGCUACCACCAUCAACUCUUCAACAGCGCACGACAGGCUCACCAUCAUCCUUUCUAUUCUGGCGGUAGUUAUCACCACCCUCGUCAUCAUCACCGCCAUCUUCUGCGUACUAUGGCGUCGCAAGCGCAACAAUCAUAAUCAUCAUCAUCGGGACCUAAGCGGCUUCCACUCUCCGAUCGAAACCGGCCAAAACGGUAUUCCCCAACAGAUGAAGGACGUCAUUGAAGAUGGCUCCCGGACAGAUAUGAGGAUCGGCGUAGCAGAGCUCACAAUUCCGCCCCGUACAUCAGGACCACCUGCACAUUGGCAUGAGAUGCAUGAUGAAGUGUUCUUCACGACCAAAGGCACGGUGCGUUUUCAUGCACUUGAUGGCCAGACCAUAGACGCCAAGGUUGGCGACACCAUGACCGUUCCAACGAGAAGUCCACAUACGUUCAGCAACCCUUUUGACGAGGAGGCAGUAUUCAUCAAUACCUAUACGCCUGCACAUUACAUCAACUACUUCAAGAUGCUGGCCACCAUGGGUGCACAAGGGAAGCCGAUGAAUCCCGAGAUGAACCGCAAGGCCAUGGCUUACUUUGCCACCAUUGGAGUCUCGGACGACGAAAUGAAGAUGAAGAAAGAGCCAUGA